AUGCCUCCUCAACCUGGGCAGAAGACGGCGCUCAUCACCGGGUGCACGCCCGGUGGAAUCGGCCAUGCCAUUGCUCUCAAGUUUCACGAGAAGGGCGUUCAUGUCAUCGUGACUGCGCGCAGGCCCGAGGUUCUCACCGAGAUGGCCGCCAUGGGCAUGGAUGCCAUCAAGCUCGACGUCACCAGCGCCGAGAGCAUCGCCGCGGCAAAGAUUGAAGUGGACAAGCUCACGGGCGGGAAGCUUGAUUUCCUCGUCAACAACGCCGGCUUAACUCACACCGUCCCCGCCACGGACAUCGUCAUGGACGACGUCCGCAACACCUUCGAAACCAACGUCUUCGCCGUAAUGGCCAUGGUCCAAGCCUUCAUCCGGCCCCUCAUAGCAACCAAGGGCCUCAUCAUCAACAUCUCCUCCCUCUCCGCCCGAACCCCCUACUGCUUCGGCUCCGUCUACUGCGCCACCAAGGGCGCCAUAGACGCCUACUCCCGCACCCUCCGCAUCGAACUGAAGCCCUUCGGCGUGCGCGUCAUGGUCGCCGUCACGGGCACCGUGCGGAGCAACAUCGCCAGCAAGACGCACCGCACCCUCCUGCCUAACUCGCUCUACGAGCCCGUGCGGGACAUCUUCGAGUGGCGGCUCGUGUUCUCGCAGAAUAACGGCACCGUUUCGACGGACAAGUACGCCGAGAAGCUCGUGAGCGCCGCGUUGAGGAGGCCCGGGUUUUUGGCGUGGUUGUUUGGUUGGGGCGGCGGCCCGCCGAAGUGGUUCUGGGCUGGGGGAUUUUCGACGCUGGCGUGGAUCGGGUCGUUUUUUGGCGAGUGGUUGAUGGAUUUGUUUUGUGAAUAUCGGUUUAAGAUUCCGACUAUGACGAGGAGGAUUGAGGCUGCUAAGAAGACGAACUGA